UCUGUAAUUGUGAGCGUUGUGAGCAUGAAAGCAUUUAUGUUUUGAACACGAAAGCUUGCAAUUGCAAACAUAAAACAUACCUAUAAUUUUGUCACAAUUUGCUUUUUGUUAUAUAUAUAUAUAUAUACUUUCAUUUUUAGCUUUAUAUUAUAGUAGGAUAGUAUUUCAAAAAUAUAUACAUCAACAUGCCUAAAAAGAAGAGAGGAAACAACUGGUACGCCAAGAAACGUAUUAUCAAGAAUCCUACAACUAUUUCUACAAAUGAUGAUGAACAAGAUGAACCCCAAAUUGAACGAAUUGUAGAGUCUAUAACUGUAGAAGAACCACAGCCUGGCCCUUCCAGAGCAACAGGAAAAAUGAACAAAGGCAAAACACCAUUGAAAAAAUCUAAAAAACCAAGCGAACCUCUGCAGUCAACACUUCCAGUGAUAUCGCAACAUCUAAUUCAAUCAAAUGAGGAGGUUUUUAUUAACGAAGCAAGUAGAAUUACAACUGCAUUCCCCAAUAAUCUCAUUGCUAUACCAGGUCCAUCACGACUUUCAAAUGCAGGGAUGGUGCAGUACAUCUGCCUCCAUUUGAUUCAUAUCCUGAGCAAUUAUGAGUACUAUUUCAGGAUCGAGAAUUUAUGGAAAAAGUGCGUGCAGGGAGAAAUAAGACAUCAUAUAUCAAAUAUUUCGACUAAUAUUUCUAAUGAACGCAGACAAUAUGGCACUCUAUAUUUUUUGGAUACUGAACUGGCAAAUCAGCUUCGGUCUGCUGGCCCACAAAAUCGAACAGAAUUAAAUCGAGAAACCGUCGAUAUUAUUUCUAAUUACAUGCACAGCCACAAUCCUUUUGCUCAAGCGUAUAGAUUUCUUAAAGAUGUCUAUCAGGAACAACAACAUAGCAAUCGUCAACUAACUUUAGAAUUGUACAUCAAUAACAACCGUGUUCUGGAUAUUAAUUUUAGGCAAUAUGGCGCAGUACAAGCGAAUGAAAUAGCGGCCGUAUUUAUUUCUGAAGAUGGAAGACCGCCCCUGGAUCGUUGCUUACAUGUUUAUUGUCGAGACAACGAUCAAAUCAUCCACGAACUACCAUAUCUUAGUGUUAACUGCGACGAAAUGACAUAUCCUCUAUUACAUCCAAGAGGUGAGCCAGGCUGGCAAUCUGGAACAGCGCAUCAAUGUAGAAGAGGUGAUGUAUCCUUACUGGAAUACUACAGUUUCAGAAUAGCUGUUCGACCAGAUACUUUCAACCAAUUUGUAAUGGCAGGCAAGCUGACGCAACAAUACAUCGCAACAAUAGAUGCAUAGGUAAAAAUAGAACAGAGUCGAUUACAAUUUAUUACUGAAAACCAACCACACAUCAGGCAAGAAAUAUUUCAAGGACUAAUCGACUAUUUAGACUCUAGACAACUUGACGUUCACUAUCAACCAGGCAAUAUUUUCAUCCUACCGUCGAGAUUCAUAGGAAGCCCACGCGCAUUUAGACAAAAUUAUUUGGAUGCCAUAUCUAUAGUCACAAAACAUGGGAAACCAGAUAUUUUCCUAACAUUUACUUGCAAUACUGUUUGGCCUGAAAUUAGGAAAAACCUAGAUACAAAUCAACAUUCCUCAAAUAGGCCCGAUUUUAUUUCGAGGGUGUUUAAGAGCAAAUUGAAGGAAUUAAUAGAAGAUAUUGAUAUACGAAAUGUCAUGGGAAUUUGCGUUGCUUACGUUUACGUGAUAGAAUUUCAGAAAAGAGGACUCCCUCAUGCGCAUAUGUUGAUUUGGUUAGAAGGAUCAGAUAAAAUCUUGGACUCUGCAGCAAUCGACCGUUUAAUUUCAGCAGAAUUUCCCGACCCUAUCGCGCAUCCCAACUUGCACGAAUUAGUCAAAGUACAUAUGCUUCAUGGACCUUGUAGUGCUGCUCGAUGCUUAGAUGACGAAGGACAUUGCAGCAAACAAUUCACGAAAUCUUUGCGUGAAGAUACCUUAUACAAUUCCUCUGGAUAUCCGCUAUAUAAAAGACGGCCAAUAGAAGUACCUGUACAUAUAUGUUAGAUAGAAGAACAGUAGAUAACGGUUGCGUUGUACCAUAUAACGCUUAUCUACUUGAAAAAUACGAAGCUCAUAUUAACGUGCAGGCUUGUUCUUCAAUAAAAAGCGUAACAUAUUUAUUUUAAUAUAUAUAUAAGGGACUUCAUAGAGCUUAAAUUGUCGUGCGAACUGUAGAGGAACAAGACGGUCAAACAACUAUUCAGGAACCUGUAUACAACGAAAUUCAAACGUUCAUGGACGUUCGCUAUGUUAGCGCACCUGAGGCAAUGUGGAGAAUUUAUACAUUCGAAAUGCACGAUAUGUCUCAUGCUAUCAUCAAACUUUCUGUACAUCUUCCCAAUAUGCAACAAG